GCCUUACCGAUGGGAGGGGUGGUCAUCCUGAAAUUAUGAGACGUGUCCGGACGGCGAGGAGAGCACGAAGUGUUGGUUUGCUAUGCGCAAUGGCUUGCAGGAUCUCAACACCAAGCUGUCGCCGGGAAGUGGUGGAUGUACGUGGAUGGUGGGGUCAGGCUCCCGCUUCCCCUGGAGCAGGAGCCAAGCGUCUCUGUGGCUGGUGCAGCAGCAGGGGCCUGAGAGCUCCACGUGAUGCCCCGCAUCGAACACAGGGACCCACCGGAGAAGAACUUCCAUGGAAGAGGGGGUUAUAAAAUAUCCAACAUUCUCUUCCCUUUGAGAGUAUUUCUUGUCCAGUCGAGUGAGACAAUGGCGACCAAUUUCGUCAGAAGAACCACCAGGAUCCUGGUGUUGAACCCAAACUCGUCUGCGUCAAUGACCCACGGCUUGGAAGAAGCCAUACAUUCCAUGAACAUUUCCCAAUCCACCGAAAUCUACACUUAUACAGCGCCGCCAGAGAGCCCAGGAAGCAUCAACGACGGCAAUGACCUUCUAGCAAGUACCGAUGUCGUAUACAAAAACUUGACCAGCACUGGAAUCCUCAAGCAGUACGACGCGGUCCUUGUGGCCUGCUUUAGUGUUCACCCACUCGUCAGCAAACUGGCGGAUUUCGACGGCACAUUCAGCAAACUCGCUGUAACAGGCAUCUUCGAAGCCAGCAUCUUGACGUGCCUAUCGCUGUUGAGGCCACACGGGAAAUGGGGAAUUGUGACCACCGGCAAGUUCUGGGAGGACCAUUUGGCCAAGGGAGUGAAUAACUUCCUGGGAAGCGAUUCCCAGUCAGAGAACGCCAAAUUUGCCGGGGUCGAAAGCACUGGUCUCAACGCGGGAGAUUUCCAUGGGGGAGUCGACCCGGCCAUCGUCCGGAAGAAGUUGAUCGAGGCCACUAGGAGGCUUCUAGCUCGGGGUAAUGUGGAGUGCGUCGUAAUGGGUUGCGCUGGCAUGGCUGGACUGGAGGAGAUCAUCCGAUCCGUUGCCCUCCAAGAGUAUGGGCGAGAGCGAGGCAACCAACUGUUGAUUGUCGACGGCAUCAGGGCAGGGAUUCGAUUGUUGGAGCAAAUGGUUCAAAACAGGCGUACGUUCCAGGGGUCCUGAUAGGGUUUGAAAGAGGAGAGCAUCAAAACGAAGAAUAGCAGGC